UCCAAACAAGAAAAAAACAAAACCCAGUAGAAAAUUUGCACCCCCCAAUCGAUUCACCUUCACCACUAAAAGACUCCACUGCGAUGAAAUUCGAUUCAAGGGUCUUAAAAUGGUUAUGGGUAUCGAUUGUAAUGGAGGGUCAGAGUGUGAACGUGCGUACUGCGCAACAUGACAGUGCCAAUAUUUGUUAAUGGCUGAAAAGGGUAGCGCGCAGAGCUGUGAGAGCUAUUUUUGGGGCGCCCCAUAGUCGGCGGUGAUUGAUUCUCCAGCAGCUAAGGGAUUAAGGCAAGGCUUAGCGCGCUUGGUCUUUUCAAUCAUUUAAUGCUUUCUUCGAACGGUUCUGUGCCCGUUUUGGAGGGCAUCCGUAUUCACAUGAGAAGACUCUCCACCAGUUAGAGUCGAUGAAGAUGGCCCCUCAUUUUGCCAACGAGCUAACAUUCUCUUGGCUUGUUCUUGUCGAAGAGGCUUCUGUUUAUUAAGUAUAUCUUCACUAGGAUGAGGUUAUUGAAUCUUUUAGUGGGUUCUGUGAAUUCAGUACUCGUUGGUUUGCACCUUAUCUGAAAUGUAUGAAUCUUGAUUGUCCAAUCUGGAAUGCCCCCUUUGAUGCUUUUGGGUAUUUGUUCUCUGAUUCUUCUUCCUUUGCCACACCUUUGUGGAUUAUUGCUAGCUGAUGUUGUUUUUGGUUUGAUACUGCUUUUUGUUCCUUGAUUUACUGUAUUUGGAUCAUUUGUUCAUGCAAUUCUGUACUUGCUUCACAUUUUCAGGCGCUGUUACUCAAUCUUGAAGCACUUAGAUCUGAUACCUUUGUGGAUUAUUGCUAGCUGAUGUUGUUUUUGGUUUGAUACUGCUUUUUGUUCCUUGAUUUACUGUAUUUGGAUCAUUUGUUCAUGCAAUUCUGUACUUGCUUCACAUUUUCAGGCGCCUUCACUCAAUCUUGAAGCACUUAGAUCUGAUACCUCUGUGAAUUUAUCGCUAGCUGAUGUUGUUCUUGAUUGGAUAGCAUUUGAGGAAUAGUUAUUAUCCAGUUCAGAAUGAGGAUUAUAUGCAUUCUAGUAUUGAUGCUUCUCUCCAGUGGGAGUUCCUCAAUUGGAGAUAGCAGAAAUGUAUCCACGAGGCCUGAUGUUGUCAACAUUGGGGCUUUAUUCUCUUUCCAUUCUAUGAUAGGAAAAGUUGGAAAAAUCGCGGUAGAAGCUGCCAUCAAGGAUGUAAAUUCUGAUCCAUCCGUUCUUGGGGGGACGAAGCUGAAUCUUACUUUACAUGAUACCAAUUACAGUGGAUUUUUGGGCAUCGUUGAGUCCUUGCGUUUUAUGGAGACGAAAACCGUGGCCAUAAUUGGCCCCCAAAACUCUGUAACUGCUCAUAUAAUAUCUCAUAUUGCAAAUGAGCUGCAAGUUCCUCUGUUGUCGUUUUCGGCGACCGAUCCGACACUGUCAUCACUUCAGUUUCCUUUCUUUAUCAGAACGUCACAGAAUGAUCGGUAUCAGAUGGCUGCAGUAGCUGCAAUAGUAGACUACUUUGAAUGGAGAGAGGUGGUUGCCAUCUUUGUUGAUGAUGACCAUGGUAGAAAUGGUAUUGCUGCAUUGGGGGAUCAACUUAACGAGAAACGAUGUAAGAUCUCACUAAAAGUACCAUUGAAGCCCGAUGCGAGUCGAGACGAGGUCACUAAUGCACUUGUUAAGGUGACUUUAACCACGUCUCGAAUACUUGUUGUUCACACUUAUGAGUCCACAGGUAUGGUGGUGCUCAAUGUAGCUCAACAUCUUGGAUUGACUGGACCUGGCUAUGUAUGGAUAGCCACGAACUGGCUUUCUUUGCUACUCGACACGAAUUCUGCUCUUCCUCCUGGUUCCAUGGAAAGUAUUCAAGGACUUGUUGCUUUACGUCUUUAUACUCCAAAUUCUGCACUCAAAAGGAAAUUUGUUUCUAGGUGGACGAAUUUGACUAAUGGAAAGUCGUCGAGCGGCCAACUCGGAUUGAGUACUUACGGAUUAUAUGCGUAUGAUACUGUAUGGAUGCUUGCUCAUGCAAUCAACUCAUUUCUUAAUGAAGGUGGAAAUCUUUCAUUUUCAAAUCUUUCCAAGUUAACUUGGACUGAUGUUGGAGCUUUGAACUUGAAUGCCAUGAGCGUCUUCAAUGGUGGGAGGGCACUACUACAGAAUAUUUUAGACGUAAAUUUCACUGGAAUAACAGGUCCAGUUGAGUUCACUCCAGACCGGGACUUGAUUCGCCCUGCAUUCGAAGUGAUCAAUAUUAUCGGCUCAGGGGAAAGGCGAAUUGGUUACUGGUCUAACUAUUCUGGCUUGUCGAUUGUGCCUCCUGAAACCCUUUACUCAAAACCACCUAAUGAAUCCAGUUUAAACCAAAAGCUAUAUGAUGUGGUAUGGCCUGGACAAGCAGCAGAGAAGCCUCGCGGGUGGGCGUUUCCAAACGGUGGAGCGCAUUUGAGAAUUGGUGUCCCAAGACGAGUCAGUUACCAAGAAUUUGUCUCACAAGUAGAAGGAACUGACAUGUUCAGUGGCUACUGCAUUGAUGUCUUCACUGCAGCAAUUAACUUGUUGCCUUAUACGGUACCUUAUAAGUUAAUUGCUUAUGGGGAUGGCCUUACUAAUCCAAGAACAACCGAGCUUGUUCGCCAAAUCACGACCGGGGUCUUCGAUGCAGCGAUAGGCGACAUUGCAAUUAUCACGAACCGAACCCGGAUGGCGGAUUUUACACAACCAUACAUCGAGUCCGGCUUAGUAGUCAUAGCCCCAGUCAAGAAGUUGAACUCUAAUGCUUGGGCCUUUUUACGGCCGUUCACUGCAAAAAUGUGGUGUAUUACUGCUGUUUCUUUUCUUGUAGUAGGCGUAGUUGUUUGGAUUUUGGAGCAUAGGAUCAAUGAUGAUUUUCGUGGCCCUCCGAAGAGACAAGUUAUUACUAUUCUUUGGUUCAGCUUCUCAACUAUGUUCUUUUCUCAUCGGGAAAACACGGUCAGUACCCUUGGUCGCCUCGUGCUGCUCAUAUGGUUAUUUGUUGUUCUUAUUAUAAACUCAAGCUACACUGCAAGCUUGACCUCUAUCCUUACAGUUCAACAACUUUCUUCUUCUGUCAAAGGGAUUGAAACUUUGGUUUCAAACAAUGACCCAAUUGGGUACCAGCAGGGUUCGUUUACUCGAAACUACUUGAUUGAGGAACUUGGCAUUCACGAAUCGAGGCUUGUUCCACUCAUCUCAAUAGAACAUUAUGUUAAAGCCUUGAAUGAUGGUCCACAGAAGAAUGGUGUUGCUGCUAUUGUCGACGAGCGAUCAUAUGCCGAGCUCUUCCUUUCAACUCAUUGCGAAUUCAGUAUUGUUGGCCAAGAGUUCACCAAAAAUGGGUGGGGAUUUGCUUUCCAGCGCAACUCUCCUUUAGCAGUCGACAUGUCGACCGCUAUUCUACGACUGUCCGAAAAUGGGGAUCUUCAAAGAAUCCAUGAUAAAUGGUUAAUGAAAAGUGCUUGCACAUCACAAGUCUCCAAAUUUGAGGUGGAUCGACUUCAGCUCGAUAGCUUUUGGGGACUUUUUCUAAUAUGUGGAUUAGCCUGCUUGCUCGCUCUAGCGAUAUAUGUCUUUCAAAUGUUGCGCCAAUACAGCAAGCAUUACUCAGAAGAACUUGAAUCUUCUGAGCAAACCUCUCGAUCUCGAUCUCGAUCUAAAAGCCUGCAUAGAUUUCUUUCUUUUGCAGAUGAAAAGGAAGAUGUCUUUAAGAGUCGAUCCAAGCGACGACAGAUGCAGGAGGCUUCAGUUAGAAACAUGAAUGGAGAUAAUUCAGCAGACAGUUCAAGAAAAUAUGACAAUUGUGAUGCUGAUGGUACGUAUUGAUGCAUAUGAUCGGUAUGGGUUAGAAACAGGCAUCAUGGUUGCAUGUUGUUAGCGCUUACUCAUUUUCUUUAGCAACAAUAUCAUCAAGUACUGAGAGAGGACGAAAUUUAAGAGCCAAAAUUGAUCUUUGUAUUGUAACACUUUACAGUAAUUCAGAUCUAUUCAGCAAUAUUUACAAAUGUAUACAUGUAUAUUAGUACUCUAACCAUGCUACCAUAAUAAUUUUAGCAUUUUUUUCAAGA